AUGAACUACCUUCUUGCUCUUGUAGUGGUCACCGCAGCUGCGCCACAGAUCGUCAAGCCAUACUCAGAACUGUUCUUCCUUGCAGCUUACGACAAAGACUACACCUACAAUUUACAACACAAGACCCAAUAUCUCAAUGCACCAAUCCAGAGAAUAGAUCACGAAUCAACCAAACUCUAUAUUCCAAAAUGUGUUGACAACCACAACUCAUCAUCGGCAACUACCACAACCACCAAGUUUAUUGAGGGCAGAAUCUUAAUCAACGGUAGUUACAAAGUGGACAAUUUGGACCAUGAAGGAUUGCAAUUUAUUAGAGUUGAUAAUCGUACCAAUAGAUUGAAAGCGUGUCCCAAGGGUGGUUUAUCUACUGGAUUCAGUUUGUUUAGGGAUGAGUUGCUAUAUAAUAAAGUUGGUAUCUGGUCAUUGUGCCUUGACAAAGAGUGCAACUGUUUGCAUAUUUACCAUGGAACUGUUGGGGAUAAUGCCAGGUACUGCGACACUAGUGACCAAGAGAUUACUGUGAAGGCAAUUGGCAAAUACGAUGCUGCUGGUGCCGUGCCUGACUAUCCGUACAGCUUGACCGAGAAGCGAGAUUAA